CAAGUAGCCCAGUCACCGCAUCAAUCUAGAGCAGUAUAGCUAAUUAUAUUUUUUUUUAUAUGACUCGCUUGACUCACCUGGCCAACUCACUCAACUCGGCCGAGUCACUCUUUUUCACCACCAAGACAAGCACACGUUCCCUCCGAUUCCGUACUGUCCAAAACCACACCUUCUUCACCCUCGCACGCUUUUCACCCCCACAAAUCCCCAAAAUUACCAUCUCUGCCACCGCCUCCUACCGCCGCAAACCCCACUCACCUCCUCCGGCGAUGGACCCCCACGCGCCCACCGGUGAAGCAGCCGCCGCCGCUGCCGCAGCCGAAGGCGAGGACUUCGUCCACAUCGAAAACCCUACCGUCGACGACUCCCUCAGCGAGAGCAUCGUCAAUGUUGAAGAGCCACUGAGAGAGAACGACGACGAAGACGACGACGUCGACGAAGACGACGACGUUUCGACGAGCCACGACGUUGAUAACUCUGAGCAGAGGAAAGUUCUUCCGGAGGAACUAUCGAGAAGCGUGAUGGCUCUCACGUGCGAAUCUACUGCCGAGGGUGGCGUCUGCGAUGUCUAUUUGGUUGGCACAGCUCACGUGUCUCAGGAAUCAUGCAGAGAAGUGGAAGCUAUAAUCAGUUAUUUGAAACCUCAGGUUGUUUUCUUAGAACUAUGCUCGAGCCGAGUGGCAGUGCUUACCCCCCAGAAUAUAAAGGUACCAACUAUGGGAGAGAUGGUAGACAUGUGGAAGAAAAAGCAUAACAUCUUCGGAAUACUUUACAGCUGGUUUCUUUCCAAGGUUGCUAGUAAGCUUGAGGUUUUUCCUGGUACUGAGUUUCGUGUUGCAUAUGAAGAAGCAAUGAAAUAUGGUGCCAGGGUGAUUCUUGGAGACCGUCCAGUGCAGAUUACAAUACGGAGGACUUGGGCAAAAAUGCCAUUGUGGCACAAGAUAAAACUACUAUACUCCUUACUUUUUCAAGCAGUAUUUUUACCAAGCCCAGAGGAUCUUAAUAAAAUGCUGAAGGAAAUGGAUGAUGUUGACGUGCUAACCCUAGUGAUUCAAGAGAUGAGCAAGGAGUUCCCCACCCUAAUGGAAACCCUUGUACAUGAGCGAGAUCGGUACAUGUCAUCUACAUUACUGAAAAUUGCUAGCGAGCAUAAUUCAGUGGUAGCAGUUGUUGGAAAGGGACAUUUGCAAGGAAUCAAGAAACAUUGGAUGCAGCCUGUUGUGGUGAAAGAUCUUAUGGGAAUUCCUUCGCCGAAACCUGCUGCUGCUGUGAAGAUUCUCAAAUCUCUUGGUGUUGCAGUUGCAGGGGUGGCCAUAGUAUCGGGCAUCUAUCUUGCUAUUAAGAAAUAAGCUACAUCAGAUUUGCUUCUAUGCAGACUUGGUUGUAAGUGGGCAAUUGCCUUGGAGUGUAACGUGGAAGGCUAGUUUGCAGGAAGUGAUUCAUAAUUGUUGGAAAAUCAUGGUCGAGAGCACAAAAAAAUUAUAAUCAAAGUUCCCUUUAGAUAUUGGGCUGAUCAGGAUUUCUUCAGCUGAAAUUUACCCAGGAAAAUUGUGUUAAUGAAAAGGUGAGGAAUUUUCCCCCGAGCCCAGAGUCCCAAAAGUAUCUGGAAUUCAUUUUAUUGCCAAAUGAUGAAUAAGGAACAUAAUAAUGAUAUGCCACCAAGGUACUGUAUACAUGUAACUAAUUCAAACCUCGGCUUUACUCUUGACCUGGGUGCUUCAUGAAGUUGCCUCUUAACAUGGAAGGCCCUCGGCGCGUAUAGAUACUCACCUUAUACGCUAUUAUAUUAUUUUUAUUAUUAAUUAUGGUGAACUUAUCAUGA